AUGCAGGUUCCGACUGGAACAUCUCGUCAAAGUUACCCAGCUACCAGCUAUCAGGACUUUAGCAACUGGGAGUCUCUAAUGAAAAUUAAAGAGGGGCUGCUAAGACAGAAAGAGAUUGUGAUUGAUCGGCAAAAGCAGCAAAUUAACAAUUUACAUCAGAAGAUAAGGGAGAAUGAAUUACGAGCUCAACACGCAAGACUGAGCCAUCUUGUGAACUGCGAAGAACCUUACAUGACUAAUUUGCAGCAACCACAGUACGAGAGCACACCGCUGCAACCUCACGUUUCAGAAAGAUCAACAUCCCACCUUGAGGAGCUUGAGCGAAAGAUUGCAGCAGCUGAGAAUAAGGAAUUACAACUCAGUGAAUUUGUAAAACAAAUUUCAAACAAAUCUAGUGAGGAGAAAAAGAAGAUGGAGGAGAAACUUAAAACUAGAGACCGAUAUAUUAAUAGCCUGAAAAAGAAAUGCCAGAAAGAGUCUGAGCAAAACAAAGAAAAACAAAGACGAAUUGAAACCUUAGAAAAAUACCUGGCUGACUUACCAACGCUGGAUGAUAUAGAAGGGCAGACUAAACAGCUGCAAAUUCUAGAAGAGAAGAACAAGCAACUUCAAGAAACUGUGACUGAGUUAGAAAGGAAGCUCGGAGAGGCCCGAUCGCAGUGCAGAGAGAAGGAAUUGCAACUGGUGUGUCAAAAGAAAAAGGAAAAAGAGCUGGUCACAACAGUACAAAGUUUACAACAGAAAGUAGAAAAAUGCCUGGAAGAUGGUAUUCGGCUUCCCAUGUUGGACACAAAACAGCUUCAGAGCGAGAAUGAAUGUCUCAAAGAAAAGAAUGAGAAAGCCAGUAAGGUCAUAGACAAUCAACAAAAUCAGAUAGCUGGACUGAUUUCAGACAUGCGGUCUAUGCAAGAGGAGCUUUUGCAACAAAGGCUGAUAGUUCAGAAGAUGACAAAUGAGCUUGAAGAAAAAGAAAGGAAUAUAGAGCAGUUAAAUAAAACUCUCUCUGAAAACCAAAGACUGAUGGAAGAGAAUGCCUCCCUGAAGGAGCAGAUACGGCAGGGGGGGGGGGAUGAGAAGAUGCCUAUAGCAGACCAGUUGUUCAAGGAAAUGUCUCAUUGCUUGUUUGACUUGAAAGCACUGUGCAGUAUUCUCACCCAGAGAGCUCAGGGCAAGGAGCCUAACCUUUCCUUACUGCUGGGAAUCAGAUCACUGAGCUGUUCAGCUGAAGAGAAUGAAAAUUACCACAGCACAGAAACUCUUUCGAAGAAGCUCUUGGACGUUUGUCAGUUACGAAAGGAUAUUGAUGAAUUAAGGACUAUAAUGUCGGACCGUUAUGCUCAGGACAUGGGGGACAAUUGCAUUACUCAAUGACAACGUUUCAUCUAGUAGCAAAUGACUUAUUAAAUGCUGCUGUGUCACAGG